UCCGGCAUUGCCAGGGUAACCGCUGCUCGUUCAGCUGCACUGUUUUUUUUUCUCUACCUCUUUUCUCCAGAGAUUUUCCGCAGGCAGCAACCGCAACGGUUAUCGACACAGAAAAACGACAUGGUUAAGCUGGGCAGUACUCUUGGAGAGAAGGUGGAGAGGGAGCCAUCACUGGAGGAUGGCUUUGACAACAUUCCUCUGAUCACGCCUCUGGAGGUUAACCAGCUACAGAAGCCCUUUCCAGACAAGGUCAUUGUCAAAACAACAACUGAGUAUCAGCUGCAACAGAAGAAAAAGAAGAAGCUGUACGUGCCAAGCAUUAAGAAGCUGAACAUAAACCUUUAUGGGGAAGUGUCGGAGAAGGUCAAGCUCACAGGACUCAUUCUUAUCACCUUGGCUUUCCUUGCAUGUCUCCUGCUGCUGGUUAUGUAUAAAGCUCUUUGGUAUGACCAGCUAAGCUGCCCCGAGGGUUUCGUCCUGAAGCAUAAACACUGUACCCCCGCUGCUCUGGAGAUGUACUACCCGGAGCAAGAAUCCGGCUCGAGGGGCAGCCUGUACACCGCCAUCAGCCACCUCAACCAGGCCAAAAAAGCUCUUCCUGAGCUCUCCUCUCCAUGGCUUCCUGUUAUCAAUGCCCUAAAGGAGGCCCAGAAGGCCAAAGAGGAGGCGGCGCACUCCCAACAGUGAGGGCUGGGGAGAGGGGAUGUUCGGAUUUGACAGAGAAGGAAAGAAGGAAAAGGUGUGGAUAGAUUGGACCCUGGAAGAGGUUAUGUAGGGUCAUGUGAUAUGCUGGCUGUGUUUGUGUUUGUUGUUUGAGAGUGAUCAUAUUAGCAUUUUGAGAUUGUGAAUGAUAAAGAGUGAGACAGAGUGUCUGUGUAUGUGUAUGUGUGUGUGAAUAUAAAAGCUGGUAUUGAUGUUGAAAGCAUCCAAACAAGAUGUUUGUCUUUGAAGUGCUAAGUUUGGAGCUGUGAAGCUGCGAAACCUGUUUAAAUCAGUAGCUCUCCAUUGGAAUCUACCUUACUUGUACUUGAUACAAAAACACUUUCAGCUCUUUAGAAACCUUCUCAGUGUACAAAAUCAAAUGUGGAUUUUCACAUCCUGUUCUUAAAGGGGAAUUCCUCUGAUUUUUCAAAAUUCUUGCAUAAUUGAAUGUUUGAGAUGUAAUCAAAGUCAGAUUGGUUUGAUGUGAAAUGGUUCAUUGUAGAGAAACUUACUGACUUGUAUUUCAUCACAGUGGUGGUGACAGAAACCAGGGGUCACAGUGUCUACAACACAUACAUUGGCAUUUUGUUUAUUAACCAAAACGACUUGUAAACCUACACGUCUUCUGAGUUUUAGAUGUAAUGCUGUCAAUGGUGAAAUAGUUACAAAUCUGAAAAAAUAGGUUUUCAUUGGGGGCUAUAUUGUCUUAGAACGCCUCACAUGUAUACACCACUAUAAAUGCAUUUAAAAAAAUUGUUUUAGGCCAAAACCGAAAUCUCAAAACUAUCAUAAAACAAUGUCCCAGGCAUCAAUGAGGCAGCACAUUCGUAAAAAGUUUAUGUAGUAACUUUCUCUGAGGUAGGCUUUAGAAGCAUUAAACCCUUUGUACGUCUGGUUCCCAUCAUCACCACUGUGAAGAAUUCUGACUCAGUAAGUUUCACAUCAAACACUCUAAAUGACUUUGCUUACAUCUUAACCAUUUCAUUAAAGAAAAAUUUUGAAGAAUCAGUGCAAUUCCCCUUUAAGCCAACUUUAGGCCCACAGCACUGUUCUUAUUGUGGUAGCUUCAUUUGUUUUCUUCAGUGUUCGUGCUUUGUCAUUCCGUAUAUGGUCCUUUAGGGACUCUCUCUUAGUUUAAUGUGAACGUAACUUAGCUUAGUGGAACAAACUGUGCAUGGCCUGUAAAAUGUGCUCUGGAGAACUGCGGUGCAAAACGUAAAAAGAGCACUCUUCUGACAACAAUGAAAACAAACUAGUUUCUCAGACCAAUUACAUCUAAAUAUGUAUCAUAAUCUGAACAUGUGAUAUAACCUAUUCUUCUCAGAAAUGCAUUUUGCUAAAACACACAACCUUUUACCACAACAUAACUGUGAGAGAUCACAGUUUGCUUUGUGCAUAGACAUACUUUGUUUUACGCACACAUAUUGUAGUCAUGCUGACGUUUCAGUGUUGAAACUAAUGUAAAACCAUUUGCUGUUCACAUGGCCAUGUAAAUAGAACAGUGCAAAUGCUGAAUGUAAUGUGAAAUACAAGUGAACAGGAUUUUGAUAUAUAUUUAGAUCUUAUGUACCGUGACUUUUUUUUGUUUUUGUUUGUUUGAGUUUGUAUAGACGUUCACAUGAAACACAAACCACCAGCAACCGUAAAAGUAUUAAACACAUCCUGACAGAAUGUUUUAAUGAAAAUAAAUUCCCAGUUUAGUUGAAUGACCUGUAAACUCUGAGUGUGUGUAUUCUAAAGAAUGUUAUUAUGAAUGUGCUAAUUUAUAUUCACUGAUAACCAUCUUUUACCAUUUUCCCCUCUACUUGCUUUUGAUUGUACUAUACGGUCGUAUAUUUUAUCUUUAAAACGUCAUUUGAUUUAUUUAUUGCUUUUUAUGUACAGGCUUUAGGCAUUUAUUAUAACUGAUUAUUUGUAUUACGUUUUGAUAUUUAUUUGAUAUUCAACUCAGAAGCUCAUUUUUUAAUUUAUUUUUGUAUAUUUUGUGAAGAUUUUUACUGGAAACAGGAAGGUUAGUGUUAAGAUUAUUUUAAGAAGCAGCUCCUGAUGUUAAUCAUCCUACACUAUGAAGUCAUGUCUGUGUGUGGCAAACUACUGUUACUCAUCAGCUUCAUCUUUCAGAAAUAAAGAUUCCAGUAUUCAGCUCUA